AUGACUUGCCCGGCGUUGCCCGUUGCGCCGCUCCAGUUUUUCCACCGGAUCCCUGCCGCGCCCCACGAGAUGAUGAAGCAGGCACUGGCUCUGCCCGCGGAUGACGUGGACCUGCUGCUGUCGGACCUGGAGCAGGUCUGCCACCUCGGAGAGGGCGCCUGCGGAGUGGUCACCAAGGUGCGCCACCGUGGCACCGGCACCGAGUUCGCGCUCAAGACGGCCCACUAUGCCCACCCCAGCAGAGCUGCGGACGAGGAAGCCGAGGCGCUCCGCCGAUCUGCCGGGUCGCCGCACGUCGUGCGCUGCCACGCGGUUCUCAGCGGCGCUGGCGGCGAGCCCGCCUACGUGCUCGAGCUCAUGGACGCCGGGACGCUCGGCGGCAUCAUUGGCCGCCGGGGAGGGCGCGGGAUCCCCGAAUGCGCCCUCACCGAGGUGGCCGCGCGGUGCCUCCAGGGGCUCGCGCACGUCCACUCCCGCGGCGUCGCGCACCUCGACUUGAGGCCCGACAACCUUCUCGCCAACUCCCGGGGCGACAUCAAGAUCGGCGAUUUCAGCGUGUCCAGGAUCCUAUACGGUCGCGCCGACGAGCGCCGCAAGGUCUCCGUCGCCGUUGGCUCCCCCAUGUACUUGAGCCCCGAGCGGUUCGAGCCUGAUGCCCACGCCGGGCCGCGCGGAGCCAUCGCCGCCGACGUCUGGGCCUUCGGCGUCACGGUCCUGGAGCUCUUCUUGGGGCGGUGCCCUUUUCUGCCCCCAGGUGGAGUGAGGCCGUCGUUCGAGAAGCUGAGGAAGGCGAUCUGCGACGGGGAGCCGCCGUAUGCGCCAGAGAGUGCGGCGGCGUCCCCUAAGCUUCGCGGGUUCGUGGCAGCUUGCCUGCAGAAGGACCCGAGGCGGCGUGCCACGGUGGUGCAGCUGCUCGCACACCCGUUCGUCGCGCGACGCCACGUCGAUGAGUCUUGCCAGGCGCUGCGGGAACUCAUCGUGGAGACGCUGGAGUAG